AACUUUGGUGAAAAAGUUUUUGAUAUUUACGCGGAGUCCCUACAUAUAAAUUCAUGACGAAAAAGCCACAAAACUUCUUGCGAUAUUUCUUCCACCUCAAGGCUUCGAGCUCUCUGUUUUCAAUUCAUCUCUUAUAGCUCCUUAAAAGAUUUUCAAUUAAGUUAAGAAUCUCUGCAAUUUUUGUUUUGGGAACAAUCACCGGAAGCCAUGAACAUAUUUUCGAAGAAACCCACUGCCAAAGAGGCUCUUCGGGAGAGUAAGAGGGAGAUGUCAAAUGCUGCCAGAGGUAUAGAGAGGGAAAUUGGAGCGUUGCAAUUAGAAGAAAAGAAGCUUCUUGCUGAGAUAAAGAGAACUGCUAAAACAGGGAAUGAUGCAGCAACGAAAACUCUGGCCCGGCAGUUGGUCAGACUAAGGCAACAGAUAUCCAACUUACAAAGUAGUCGAGCUCAAAUGAGAGGCAUAGCAACUCAUACACAGGCAAUGCAUGCUCAUUCUUCAGUUGCUGUUGGAAUGAAGGGUGCCACUAAGGCAGUGGCAGCUGUGAAUAAGCAAAUGGCCCCUGCAAAGCAAGCGAAGAUCGUUCAAGAUUUUCAAAAGCAGUCUGCGCAAAUGGAUAUGACUACGGAGAUGAUGUCUGACGCAAUAGAUGAUGCCCUGGAUGACGAUGAAGCUGAAGAAGAGACCGACGAGCUGACAAACCAGGUGCUAGAUGAAAUUGGUGUGGAUAUCGCUUCACAGCUUUCAGCGGCUCCAAAAGGAAGAAUUGCGAGAAAAACGACUGAGGACGCUAGCAGUUCCGGUAUUGAUGAGCUUGAGAAGAGGCUGGCAGCUCUCAGAAAUCCAUGAACUGCAGAUUGGCACCCUUUGUUAUCGCACAUAGCUCUGCACGACUGUACAUGUAAAUAUUUUGCCCAUUACUUUACGCAUUUAGGCUUGUAUUGUUAUGCAAACAUUUUGCAUCUUUAGAUAACGUUGCUGGCUAUUUUUAGCAAAUGCUACUGUAUACAUUCAAUGAGAGAUAUUGUGUGUUUGUUUCAUAAGUUCAA